AACGCCAACGGUGACAACUCCGUUUACUAAAAUAUUAAUUGUUAUACAACACUACAGUGUAGCGAAUAGAUCGCACAACGAUGUUGAGAAUUUAUUCACGUUUUUAUUGCAAAAUUGCAAUCCAAACUAGUCAAAUUGCAAAGCAUAACAAACUAGAUUUUACGCAUUUGAGUCAUACCACUAAAGUGCCACAGACACCUGUUCCAGCGGCUUUUCCUGACACCAGUAAAAACGCUGUCGAAAUAGACACUAAAACAAUUAAAUUGUUGGAACGUUUAUCUUUGGUGGAUCUGGACAGUGAUCAGGCGCUGGAAACGCUCAAGAGCAGCAUACAAUUUGCAGAUAAAAUUGCGGACAUCAAUACGGAUAACGUGCGACCGCUGUAUACAGUGCUGGAGCAUCAGCAGCUGCAAUUACGCAACGAUCAAGUGACAGCCGGUGAUAGCCGAGAGGAGCUGCUGCGCUGUGCCAAGCGCACUGACGAGGAUUACUACGUGUCGCCACCGGGCAAUAUACCAUUAGAACAGUAAUUGCCAUGACUACUCGCCUA